AUGUCGAAACCAAUCUCCCUCGCCAUAAUCGGCGCAACUGGCGGCGUAGGCAGCGCCUUCCUUGCCGCCCUGCCCUCAAUCGUCCUCCCCCCAUCCACGCCGCGCCCCCAACUCAUCUUCCUCUCCCGCUCGAAGAAGCAACUGUACAACAAAGACUACAGCCCCGUCUCGCCCGAAGACCUCGCAAGCUCGAGUUCCCCGCUCCUCUCCCUCCCAGACCUAGCCAAAUACCUUUCAACUUCCCCAAACCCAACCGUCCUAGUCGACAACACCUCCGACCAAUCCGUCGCCGAAGCCUACCCUCUCUUCCUCAAAUCCAACAUUAGCAUAAUCACACCCAACAAAAAGGCCUUCUCCUCCCCGCUGCCACUCUGGAACGCCAUCUUCAGCGCCGUGACCCGCACGGCGCUAGUCUACCAUGAAUCUUCAGUCGGCGCGGGCCUGCCUAUUAUCUCCACCCUGAACGAUCUCGUGCGCACGGGCGAUCAGGUCACGCGCAUCGAAGGUGUCUUCUCCGGGACGAUGUCGUUUUUGUUCAACACGUUCGCGCCUGCAUCAGAGUCAGCUAGCAGUCCAGGGAAGUGGUCUGAAAUAGUGGGAAAGGCGAAGGCGGCGGGGUACACGGAGCCGGAUCCAAGGGAUGAUUUGAAUGGGAUGGACGUGGCGAGGAAGUGUGUUAUCUUGGCGCGGUGUGCUGGGUUGAAGGUCGAAUCAACAUCUUCCUUCCCAAUCCAAUCACUCAUCCCGUCCGCACUCGAAUCCGCGUCGUCAGCGGACGAAUUCAUGCAGAAACUGCCCAAUCAUGACGAUGAAAUGGAGUCGUACAAAACCGAAGCGAAGAAACAAGGGAAGGUGGUGCGGUACGUCGGUAAGGUGGACGUUGAGAACAACAAGGUGAGCGUGGGGCUGGAGAUGGUGGAUCAGGGGAGUCCGAUCGCUGGGUUGAAGGGCAGUGAUAAUCUGAUAUGUUUCUAUACGAAGCGGUAUGGAAGUAAUCCGUUGGUGGUGCAGGGUGCUGGGGCGGGGAAUGAGGUUACUGCGAUGGGUGUGUUGGCGGAUUUGGUGAAGGUUAUUGAGCGCUUGGGUUAG